AUGUUUUGGAUUUUAAUAUUUUGUAUCCAAGCAGCUUUUGCUGUUGAUCAAAAUUUACUGGAUUCUUUCAAGACGGUGAAGGAGAAGUUUCAACAAGCUCAAGACGCUCUGGGUCAAUUUGAGAAGUUACUGCAACAAGAAACUGGAGUGAUACCAAAUAGUGAGAUAAAUGUGGAUAUUUAUGAAGAAUCGCCGAAUCUGGAAAAAGAGUAUAGAAUUCUAGAUUCAAUGAACGCUUGGAAUCGAAUGUCAACUUGGACAAGACCCAAAAUAUCUUCAGAUCAAUCAACAAAGCCAGUGAGUGAGGCAGUGGAAGAAGUCGACAGAAAACAACCAAAUAGUUAUAGAAACAUUAGUAUUGGUAAAACAACAGUCAAGAUUUUUAAAGACACAAAAAAUAAUACAAUGAUUUUAAGUUUGAAAACUAGGACUGAUGCUGAAUUUCCUCUUUUUCAAAUGUUUGUUAAAGUUUAUUCAGCUUAUAUUAAAUUAUUACCAGGUAUGUGUGGUAAAGGUUUGUGUUUUGUGGCGGAGAAAAAGGGUGCUGACUGCCUUCUGAUUUUUACUGCUGAUAUGACGCCACAUCAAUAUUUUCAACUAUCAAUUCUUUUGAGUCAUUCAGAUAUGUUAUCAGUGCGUAUAGACAGUAUAGCGAGUCUUGAUAACGAUACUCUUUUGACCUAUCAUUUCCAAGAGUUUCAAGUUCAUUACGAAGAUGAUAAUCAAGUGAUAAUAGAUCCCCAGGACAGUCAUAUUAAUCUUAGAACCACAAUAAACCUGAGUUCGACUAAAGACGCGAACUCUUCCAAUAAUACUGAUAUACAACCGAAUAAAUUUUUUGAGCCAGGAACACAUGAUAAGUCCAUGUAUGGGUAUUCUGGUUCUGAUAAUUACACACUAGGAGAUGGGAAAUACCAAGCAAUAGCACGAUAUGAUCUAAAUCCUGACAAACCAAUGGAUGGUAUUAUCAACUUUGGUCAGGAGAUCAGGAUUGACGAUUACAUAUCUCUAGAAAUCCACAAGCAAUAUACAGUUUUUCCAAAGGGACAAGAAGAUUCUACAUAUUUUUUGAACAGUGCCAUUGUGGGUCAGGCUCACAAACAGGGCAAUCUUCAAGCUAACUUACCACAUGCAUUUUUUAUCGGUAUUUACGGGGCACCAACGGAUAUUUCAAUACGUAAAAAUUUGAAAACCAGAUUAUCUUAUGAUUUUCCGGGAUUUGAGUUCCUUAUUACCAGAUAUUUUAAAGGUCAAGUUAGUGUUGUGUUAACUUCGUAUAAUGUGACAGUUGAAGAUUCUGGUACUUAUGAAAUUAUUGCGAGUUUCGAAGGCGGAAGGUUUAUGAAAUAUAGUUUCGAAGUUAAUGUGGUGAAUAAAAUGAUUAGAAUCGACAGAUUCUGGAAAUCGGAUUUCAUUGUGACAAAAAAUGAUGGGAAGGAUAAAAUAUCUGUGGAGGUAACUUGUACAGUUACGGGAGAUCCUUUGCCAACAGUAUACUUUACUAGCCCUAUGACCCAUGACAACUCAUCGACUUCUGCUCUCCAGGAGAUCAAAUUAGAAAACAACGAAACUUUUGAAAUCAAGCCGCCUGAAGUUACUGGAGACUCUAUAACCAGAAAAUUGUUUGUCCACAAAUUACCCGAAUCAUCCAGUUAUCCUUAUGAAAUCAAAUGUAAAGCUACUACUGACGAGCAAGAAGAGUUUGAAAUUGUUUAUGUUUAUGAUUCGGAUUUUGAGAUAUAUUAA